AUGGAGUUAUUCAACUCAGCUCUUGGAAAAAACAUAACUUUUGUACAUCCUAAAUUUUUCAUUAUAGGUGGUUUAACUGGAAUCCCAAACAUAACAUUUUAUUAUGUCUUUCUAUUUUUUGUUUAUAUUGUUUCUGUGGUGGGAAACACAGUUGUGAUGGCUGUAAUAUACUUGGAUCAUAAUCUGAGAACUCCAAAGUAUAUUGCAGUUUUUAACCUUGCAUUUGUGGACCUGUUUGGUAACACUGCCCUGGUGCCAAAGGUUCUUGACAUUUUUCUGUUUGGGCACUACUAUAUCCCCUACAACGAUUGUUUAACAUUCCUGUUUUUUUGCUACACUUGUCUAUCACUGCAGUCAUUUAAUCUGGUGGCACUCUCGUAUGACAGAAUGGUGGCCAUCAUCUUUCCACUCCACUAUCAAGUAAAGGUGACCCACAGGUUCAUGUUUUCUUUCAUUGCUUCACUUUGGGUUUUUACUAUUAUUGCUGUAUUAAUUUCAGUUGGACUACUUACAAGACUUUCUUUCUGUAAAUCUGUGGUUAUUAAUAGUUAUUUUUGUGACCAUGGUCAGAUAUACCGACUUGCUUGCAAUGACCAUUUCCCAAGCUAUGUCAUUGCUUGUUUGUACCCAGUGAUUAUAUUUUGGCUUCCUCUAGCUUUUAUCCUGUUAAGUUACCUUUAUAUUGGCUAUACGCUGGUUAAAGUGGCCACAGGAGAGGAACGACUCAAAGCACUGAAAACUUGUACUUCUCAUGUGAUUCUAGUUGCUAAUUUCUUUUUGCCAUUGGUGGGAACAAACAUAGCUGCAGUGGCCUCCUAUAUUCAUCCUAAUGCUAGGAUCAUAAACUCAACUUUGACAUACACCAUACCAGCUUUGCUUAAUCCUAUUAUAUAUGCUUUAAAGACAGAAGAAGUGAUGAAUGCCGUCAAGAAGCUUUGGAAAAAAAAAACUUUUAUAAACACAGCAUAA